CCGAAGGUCCAUUCACCAUGACCGGUCCCACCGAGAGGCGAACGUGACCAGUCAAGUUCUUGACGUGGUACUGAAGAAAACAGGAGAGAAUGUGAAUGUGAAUGUGAAUAUGAAUAUCAACGUGAAGUUUAGACCGUCGGAUUUGAUCAAGAGGAGAGGCUGGUCGCGGGACCGUCAUGGAGUCAAGCUGGCGAUCUGCUUAGGCUUGUUUUCGACGGCAGUUGGGAAGCCUGUUGUGGUCAGGCAGAACAUGAGAAUCUGCGAGGAUUGCCAUCGGUUCGCGAAGAAGAUUUCCAGGGCCUGUAACAGGGAGAUAGCAAAGUCUUCCACCAUUUCAAUGGUGGCGUUUGUUCUUGCAGGGAUUACUGGUAAAGAGUUCAUGAAAGUCAGGUAUGGACUCUAUUCUUUAUGCAGAAUCUCUCUUUAAUUAAUCAAAUAAAUAAAAUCAAUUUAUGUUUCGUACCGUAAUUAAUUUUUUUCACGCAA